AUGAAGAACCCAGUCAAGCAAAUGCGCUUCUCAGCGCUCGAAGACUUCCUCGAGUACGUCCAAGAUGUCGCAGAAACCUCCGGCAGAUGGGUCAACUGGCAAAUCAUACGCGGCAAGCGACAUAUAUGGUGGGAGACAGACUGGGACGUGGUAUCCCGAUGGGCGCAAUCGAUCAUCGAGACAGAAGAGCGUCUACGUGAAACCACCCAACGUGAGAACUUCCACAAGAAGUGGAUCCAUAAAUUCCACAACGGCUCCAGCGAAGCAGGAAAAUUCGUUCUACCAGAUUUGAUCGAAGAGUUAAUAGCUCUGGACCACGAGUACACACGUCUCGAGCGGAUAUACGACACGCUCCUAGGGGGUUGUCCCGUGGGACCCAUCAAGAGCGGGUAUAUGUGGAUUCGAAAGCAGCCGCAGUGGUAUCUGAAGAGUGAAUGGUUGCGCCAGGAUUGUGCGAGACGGGUAAGCUUCUUUGUGCUAUGGACCUUCGUACAACUCGACAUCGGCUUCACAGCAUGGGGUCCAAUGCAAGAAGAACUCAACUACUCCAUCGAGAUUCUAAACACCAACGCAGCCGUCAACUACGGCGGCCUCGCCGUAGGCUGCAUCUUCUUCAUGCCGCUAGUCCACAAAUACGGCCGACGCCCAAUCUACAUCCUCAGCAUCUCCCUACAGUUCGCAGCAUGCAUCUGGCAAGCCAAUAUGUCCACCGUCGGCGAUCUAAUGGGCAGCGGCCUGAUAUCCGGCAUCGGCGGCGCGAUCAGCGAGAUCAUCGUGCAGAUUACCAUCGCUGACAUGUUCUUCGUGCAUCAGCACGCCACGAUGAACGGAUGGUAUGCCAUCAUCCAGUCUACGGGCGCAUCCCUUGGUCCCGUAGCUUCGGGAUACAUCGUGGUUGCACAAGGGUGGAGGUGGAUGUGGUGGUGGUGUGUGAUUUUCUUCGGAGUCACACUACUCUGUGUGAUAUUUCUUUUCGAGGAAUCGAAAUAUAUCCCCUGUCUGGAUGGUCGCAAUGUUACCGCGAAUACACAAGUGACCGGUGAACAGUCCAAAUCACACAAAGAUGGGGACGCAGUGGAUUCAAAGAGCGCCCAGGAGACGUCCGCCAGUCGCGUAAAUACCAAUUCGGAUAUUUCGAUCAAACCCUAUUCCCAGCGAAUGGCUUUGGUGACCGUCACCGACGAAGCGCUGUGGCCGCACUACUAUCAACCGAUCGUGACGCUCUUCACUUUCCCGGCUGUUUCCUAUGUGGCUAUUACAUAUGGUUCUACGCUGAGCUGGUUCGCUAUCUUGACUUCGCUACAGGCUUCUUACAUGAUUAUACCGCCUUAUAACUUCAAUGCUGUUGGAGUUGGACUGAUGAAUGUGGCACCAUUUGUUGGCGCCGUUCUCGGUUUCCCCUUCGGUGGAUAUUUGAGCGAUAAAUCUAUUUUGUGGUUAUCCAAGCGCAACGGUGGUAUCUACGAACCGGAGAUGCGUCUGUGGCUUGCUCUGCCUGUUGCCAUUACCAGUCCUACGGGAAUACUAAUAUUCGGGAUGGGCCUUGCCUAUGGUGCGCAUUGGGCUGUUCUUGCUGUCGGAUUUGGAGUCUUUGGAUUUUCACUUGCCGCCAUUGGCGGAAUUGCGCUUUCGUAUCUCAUGGAUUGCUAUCAAGACAUUAUCGGCGACGCGUUAGUUGGAGUGGUUUUCAUGCGAAACAUCUUCUCGGUGAUCGUACUUUUUGUGCUGACACCUUGGGUCAAUAAGAUGGGCCUGCGAGACUUGCAUAUUCUGUGUGCGGUUCUCUCGUUUGUUAUCCUCUUGCUCCCCGUCCCACUUCUCAUCUGGGGUAAGAAGGCUAGGAUUGCCACGGCACCGAGUUAUAGAAGAAUGGCGGCGAAUCAGCUUAGCCAUCGGACCAUCUAG